UAAUGCAAAUAGGAAUUAGGUUUUUUUUUGAAAACAGCCAAGUAUAUUGUUUAAUAUAAUACAUAAAAUAUCAUGAAUAUUUGAAGGUAUGCUAAUGGUUUUUAUUAAGAAUAUAUUUUUAGCUUGUGACACAUCUGGCUGUAAUUAUGUCUAUUCAAAUUUCUGAUAAUGAUACGCUGAAUGUCAGUAGUACUUAUAAAAUAGCAAAUAAUGGUCAACUUAUCAAACUUGAACCAAAUAUGCUCGGAACACAAACCCUAAUUGUAACAGAUGAUGAUGGCUCUCUAGAGUCGGCUGAUGAACAACCGACAGCAACUGUCAUAGAAAAUGGAAAUAUUACUGGAAUUGUCAUGAGCAAAACAAAUGAAACAAGUAUUACCCAGUUUGAACUAAGACCAAACACUAAUGCAACUCAAUUUUAUGUCGUGCAACCAAUAAAUGAUAUAUUCACAACAACUAAUUCAACUAAGAGACCUAUUGUUGUGCCAUUAAAUAACGAAGUAGCUAGAAAUAAACGAAUGGAUCGUGCUGUUGUAACUAGAGAUGCUAAAAGACGACUGACUCAUAAUGAAGUUGAACGUCGAAGGCGAGACAAAAUCAAUCAAUGGAUAAUGUAUAUGAGUAAAAUUAUACCAGAUUGUGCCGAGGAAAACAAAACAAACUAUGACAACCAGAGUAAAGGUGGAAUAUUAGCUAAGGCGUGUGAUUAUAUCAAUGAAUUAAAAUCAACAAAUCAAAGACUAAUGGACUGCGUAAAAGAAAUGGAAACCAUUAAUAGACAAAAUUAUGAUCUAAGAUCAGAAAAUGAAGAACUUAGAGGAAUUUUGUCACAACACGGUCUUCUGUCUGAGAAAGAUGGUGAACUGUCUUGAGAGUCAUUCAAUUACGAAAUAGAAAUGCAAUAGAACUACCCCAAUAAAAUUUACUGAUUCAAACAGCAUGAAAAUAAAACAGACCAAUGACCAAAAUUAUUUUAUUUUAAGAGUAUAUACUUUUUCCAUGUAAUUGUUGUCUAAAUGUAUACUAUAUUCUAUUGCUAAAAGGUUAAAAUCCAAAUAUUUGUUAGAUUAUUUGAUAGAUAUGCAAAUAAUGUUAUUCUUAUUUAUUGCUUUAAGUCUUAUUUAUUUUGAAAUCUAGUUUUGUGUUUUUUAACAUCUUGUGUAAGUUUCCAUGUUUAAUUUUUAACCAAUGGUUCCAUACUUAUCAAUUAAUGUUUUUUUAAAAUCCAUUGAGGUACCAUUUUAUUUAAAUUUGGCAAUUGGUGAUGACGAUUUAUAAAUAAAGAAUACAUAUUACUUUACAUUAAAACAGUUUGACUUAUGAGAUAAUUUGUGAGAUGUUUCUAUAAUGUACUUUUAAAAAUAAAAAUUAGAAGAUAAAGAACUAGGAGUAUGUUUCAAGUUAAUUGUGAAGCCAUUAGUGCUCCAGUUAAAUGACACAUUUAUUGUAUGCGCUACUACAGUUACAUUUCUAAAAUACAUGAGACUUCCUUCUAAUUUAGUUUUAAUUUGAAUUCUCUAAUUUGGUAUUUACUUCAAAUAAUUAGUGGGUUUAGUGCGAAAGUGAAUUAAGUCUAUCGCAGCUGAUUUCCUAUAAUUUACUGCUUAAUUGUUUUUCAUAUUUACUACUUUGUAGUACAAUGCAGUUUACGUGUUGCCAUUUUGUGCCUCGCGACUUUGAGAUGAACUAAAGACUUUGUUCACCGUAGCACUGAAAGACAUUACUUUAACAUUUACUUUGCGUGAAAAAAAUGGACUUUGUUCACUUUUGCACAGAGCUCAAAUUAUAUCUUACCCAAUUGUAAACGUAAAUGAUUACAGUUUGUACAAUUGAGUGUUUAAAUAAAUUAUUACACAUUAACAAAUUGUACAGUAGUUUUGAUCACAUUACUAUUUAUUUCCCACUUUUAAAUUUUAUCUAUAUUUUGAGUAUAAUAAAUGUAAUGAAUAAUUUUGAUUUUUUGGAAAUGUUAUACAUAAUAUACAUUUUAUAUUUAAAAACUGAGGUAAACAAUUUUAGUUUACAAUAUUUAAACAAAUAAUUUUUUAUUUUACUUGGAUAUUAAAAAAUGUGGUUGUGUAUUUAAGUAUGAUAAUUGUAUGUACCAAAAUUAUUUAUAAUUUAAUAAACUAAUUACUAUACAUCGAUCUCUAUUAAUAAGAUAAUAAUUUUAAAACUUAAGUGUAGAAGUAAAAUGCAAU